CAAAAGACAUAAGAAAAUGAAUGAAUACCAAAUGAAUAAAUACAAUAAGCAACAAUGAGAGUCUUUGCAUAGGCCCCGUCCUAGGUCCAGGUCACUGAGCGUGCAGACCCUGGCAGAUCCUGCCUGAACGAGACGGCAGGGGCGGAGCCUACCCCCUGGACGGCUGGACAAGGGCCCACCUGGUGGUGGUUAGGGAGGGAGGGUGGCAACAUCGAAAAUCAGCGACCGGAAGGCAACAGGGCAGGUGCAUGAGCAGAGUCAUUAUUAAGGCCAAUGUAGACUGGUGAUUGGUCAGGAGUAAUGAAUGAAUGAGUGACGAUGAGUGAAGUAUUUCUGGCAGAACUACGCUGGCACUUGCAUGGGAAAGCCAGAGACACAUGAGGCUUGUAACUCAUGAGACGUUCAGAAAGUCCUCUGUCAGCAGCUCAUCAGUGAAGGGACAAUGCAGCUGGCCACCCUCUCCAUCCUUCUGUUCUCUCUCUCCAACCCUCCUCUCUUGGACUACCUUUCCCAGGCGUCUGAGUUCAGCCUUGAUGGUGACUACCUGAUCGGAGGCCUCUUCCCUGUUCACUACACACCAGACCCAGCUCAGACAAGACGGCCUGAAGUUGUGACCAACUGCCUGGGAAAGCCUAUGUUCUUGGAAGGCUAUCGGGGGCUGCAGGUAAUGAGGUUUGCUGUUGAGGAGAUCAACAACUCCAGUACCCUCCUGCCUAACGUAACCCUUGGUUACCAUAUAUUUGAUCACUGCACUGACACUCACAAUUUGCCAGACAUCCUCCAGUUAUUCUCUGUUAAUGGCUCUGUAAAACUCAAGCAGAUGUAUAACCACUACCAGUCUCAAGUUAUAGGCUUCAUUGGUGCCUUCACUAGCACUGAAACUAUCAAUCUGGCUCCAAUGUUCAUGAUGGAUCUGAUUCCGAUGGUCAGUUAUGGGGCCACCAGUUCUACCCUCAGUGAUAAAGUGACAUAUCCAUCCCUCAUAAGGACCAUGCCUAACAACAAAAGUCAGAUUGAACUCAUCAUUCACAUCAUCAAGUAUUUUGGUUGGGACUGGGUGGCGUUUAUUGCCUCCAAUUCUGAGUAUAGUAACAAUGGCUUUCAACUGUUUGUUGAACUGAUUAAAAACACAGGCAUCUGCCUGGGUUACAAAGAGCUACUCACUGACAAAUCAAAGUUGAACACAACAUUUCAUAGGAUAGACACACUCAAGAUUAAUGUCAUUAUCCUUUUCAUUGGGUCAGUCUUUGCUGAGAAAAUUAUCACCACCUCAGUACAACUUGGCGUCCACAAUAAAGUCUGGAUUGCCAGUGAUUCCUGGUCCAUGAACAACUAUUUGCUCACACUCCAAGGAAUAGCAACUAUUGGCACCAUUAUAGGUGUGACACCAACAGUUGUUCCCCUACCUGGCUUUGAUGAGUUCAUUUACCAGUCACAACACAGAGGCGAUUCUGUCCACAGCGUUGAAGUCUUCUGCAACCAGGCCUGUGAUAACUGUUCCUCAGUCAGCCCAGAGGAUGUCAUCAAUGAAAACCCUGUCUUAUCUUUCCCCAUUUAUUCUGCUGUGUACACCAUGGCAAUGGCUUUGCACAAUGUUCUACAGUGCAACCAUUCAGGAUGCAACUACAUUUGCCCAGUCUACCCCUACAUGCUUCUACAAGAAAUCAAACGCUUGCAGUUCCACCUGAAAGAGUUUUUCAUAUCUUUUGACAAGAAUUUGGACCUACAUUCAAGCUACUCUAUUCUGUUUUGGGACACCAGUAAUCACUCUGUGAAGAUUCAUCAGAUUGGCACGUACAGCAACUAUCCUGUGUCAAAUCUGACUAUUUUUGACACAGAUCUACACUGGCAUGACAGUGGAGUGGUGCCAUUUUCUAACUGCUCUGUGGAGUGUAAACCAGGGCAUGUGCGGCAGAAGAAUGGUCUUCAUCAGUGCUGUUUUAUUUGUGUGAAAUGCCUCAGUAACCAUUAUGCCAACCAUACAGCUAACCUGUAUUCAUGCCUGAACUGUGACAAGUAUGAGUGGUCUGAGGCUGGAAGCACGUCAUGCCAGACACGUUCCGUGGAAUACCUCCACUUCUCUGAUAGCUACUCCAUUGUCCUCAUGGUCUUUGCAUCCUCCUUCAUGCUCCUGUGUCUGGGGGUGGCCAUGCUGUUUGUCAUGCACCGCUCCACGCCUGUAGUGCGGUCAGCAGGGGGCAGCAUGUGCUUCCUGAUGCUGGGCUGCCUCGCCGCUUCUGCCAUCAGCAUCUUCUUCUACUUCAGCGAGUUGUCAACCUUUAGCUGCAUUGUUAGGAACUUAGUAUAUGCCUUCUUCUACACCGUGUGCCUGUCCUGCCUGUUCGUCCGCUCCUUCCAGAUCAUUUGCAUCUUCAAGAUGGCCGCCCACCUGCCCAAAGCGCACGCAUGGUGGGUGAAGCACAAUGGCCAGUGGUUGGUGGUAGCUGCCCUCUCUCUCCUCCAGCUCCUGCUCUGUACCCUGUCAAUGGCCACAAGUCCCCCUUUGCCAAAAGAGGACACAUCAUUCAAAGACCAGAUUGUCCUCAAAUGUAAUGCAAAUAAUAUAGUCAUCUCAUCUUUACCUAUUGGUCUCAUGUUGAUCCUCAGUGGGCUUUGUUUCUGCUUCUCCUACAUGGGAACAGACCUGCCCAAGAACUACAAUGAGGCCAAAGCCAUCACUUUCAGCAUGUUGUUGUUUUGUCUGAGCUGGGCCAUCUUUAUCACAGCUGACCUGAUGUCCCACACCAAGUAUGUGCAGGUGGUGAAGAUUGUGGUUGAGCUGAGCUGUUUGUAUGGCAUCAUGUUCAGUUACUUCAUCCCAAAGUCCUUCAUCAUUGUCUUUCAGCCUGUAAAGAAUACACAGGAGUAUUUCCAAGCCAGCAUUCAGAGUUACACACAAACUAUAAGCAGAAUGUAGGUCAUUUAAUCGCUGCUUAUUUUAUAAUGGUGAAAUGGCUUAUUUAAAAUUGCUAGUGCUUUUUGUACCAAGUUCUGCUCUUUGCACUACGUCAGGAAGAUGGCUAACAUCAUACGAAAGCCUGUAGGAAACAACCAUAGUUGAAAAGCAAAGCAAACUUUCUAGCUAGCUUUCUUGCUUGACUAAAAAUGUUAGACAUAACAGAGCAACUUGUAUUAUUGAUAGACCACUUAAGCAAGUAUAGUAGUAUAUAUUUUGAUCCCGUGAGGGAAAUUUGGUCUCUGCAUUUAUCCCAAUCCGUGAAUUAGUGAAACACACUCAGCACACAGUGAACACAC